AUGAGUCACAAUCAUACUUCUGACCCUCAGUUAAAUACAAGUGAAGGCGCUCAAAGUACAAAUAAUGCGGAAGAAAUAGAAGAAAUUGAGGGUAGUAGUGGCCAAGCUGGCUUAAGUAGUGGUAGCCAAACCCUCGGAGAGUUUUACAAAGAAAUGAUUCGUUCAAUAAGAGACAAUCUAACAGCACUCAAAGAUUUAUAUAAAAGAACACUGACCGUAGAAAUAGAAGAUGAGAGUUCUCGAAUGUCACGACAAAUUGAUUUAUUGAUUUCUGAGACAAGCCGAAUAAGCAGCCAAAUUAGCCACAAAUUGGCAGUUAUGGAGCAAAGUAACAAAUCACUCGAAGGACAAGAUCAAGCGCGAAAGAGAUUAACACAAAAGCAUGCGACCUUAGCAAAAUCAUUUAUGGAUGAAAUGACAAAAUAUCGUAGGAUGCAGAUGGAAAAUGCUGGAAAGUAUAGAAAUAAAAUUGCAGAGGAAUAUCGUAAAGUGAAUCCUGAUGCCACACAAGAAGAAAUCGAUCAACUUAUAGAUAAUGACAUAAAUAAGAUACAAUCAUCAGAACAGUCCAAUCAGUCGCGCACAAUUCUUGCAGAAAUUAAAGACCGCCAACGUGAUGUUCGACGGAUUGAAAAAUCAAUAAAUGAGUUAAAUAAAAUGUUUAGCGAAGUUCAAGCAUUAGUAAUAGAAAAAGACGAUACGGUUCACACUACUAAAUUUAUCGAAGUAACGGACAUAUCACCAAGUGAACAAAUCGAAUUCGAACUCCCAAAAAAACGAAAAAGG